CGCCGCCAGCUGCGAGCGGUAGCGAGCGAGAGCCAGUCCGGGACGGCCGGGCGAGGAGUCCGGCGGCGGCAAACGAGUAUCGUGGCGGCCAAAAAAAUGCUCCUGUACCGAGGGGCCCCCGCGGGCCCUGGCGCGCCGGGCAGCGCGCUGGCCCGGCCGGGCGGCGGCCCUCAGGCCUUUGGGAUCCGCCUGAGCACGAUGAGCCCCCGCUACCUACAGAGCAACUCCAGCAGCCACACGCGACCCUUCAGUGCCAUCGCGGAGCUGCUAGAUAAUGCUGUAGAUCCAGAUGUAUCCGCCAGGACGGUCUUUAUAGAUGUUGAGGAGGUCAAGAAUAAAUCUUGUUUGACCUUUACUGAUGAUGGAUGUGGGAUGACACCUCAUAAACUACACCGAAUGCUCAGCUUUGGCUUUACAGAUAAAGUAAUAAAGAAGAGCCAGUGUCCCAUCGGGGUCUUUGGUAAUGGUUUCAAGUCAGGCUCCAUGCGACUAGGAAAGGACGCUCUUGUCUUCACCAAGAAUGGGGGUACUCUCACUGUUGGACUCCUAUCACAGACCUAUCUGGAAUGUGUCCAGGCCCAAGCAGUUAUUGUACCAAUUGUUCCAUUCAACCAGCAAAACAAAAAAAUGAUUAUUACUGAGGAUUCCUUGCCCAGCCUAGAAGCCAUCUUGAACUAUUCAAUUUUCAACAGUGAAAAUGACCUGCUGUCCCAGUUUGAUGCCAUCCCAGGCAAAAAAGGCACUCGUGUUCUCAUUUGGAACAUCCGCAGAAAUAAAGAUGGAAAGUCUGAGUUGGACUUUGAUACAGAUCAGUAUGAUAUCCUGGUAUCAGACUUUGGCACAGAAGAAAAAGAGACUGGUGGCAUUACCUCUGAGCUGCCAGAAACAGAGUAUUCUUUACGGGCAUUUUGUGGCAUUCUAUAUAUGAAGCCACGAAUGAAAAUUUUUCUGCGUCAAAAGAAGGUGACUACCCAGAUGAUUGCCAAGAGCCUGGCCAAUGUAGGAUAUGAUAUAUAUAAACCUACCUUCACAAAUAAGCAGGUGAAAAUAACUUUUGGGUUCUCUUGCAAGAAUAAUAACCAGUUUGGAGUAAUGAUGUAUCAUAACAACCGCCUCAUAAAGUCUUUUGAGAAGGUGGGAUGCCAGGUGAAGCCAACUCAUGGAGAAGGUGUGGGAGUAAUUGGAGUCAUUGAGUGCAAUUUCUUAAAACCUGCCUACAACAAACAAGACUUUGAGUACACCAAGGAGUACCGGUUGACAAUAAAUGCCCUUGCCCAGAAGCUCAAUGCUUAUUGGAAGGAAAAGACCUCCCAAGAGAAUUUUGAGACCUCAGCCAUAGUCAGGCCAAUACCGAAGAUUCCUGACCAGACAUGGGUACAGUGUGAUGAGUGUCUUAAAUGGAGGAAGCUUCCUGGCAAGGUUGAUCCAUCUACAUUACCUGCAAGAUGGUUUUGUUACUAUAAUUCCCAUCCAAAGUACAGGAGGUGCUCUGUUCCAGAGGAACAAGAACUCAUUGAUGAAGACCUGUACUUGAGCAAAGCUAAGAAACAAGAUCAAACUGUUGAGAAGAAGAAGGUACCAGUGGAAAGUGAGAGCCACCAGGUAUUCCCUAAUCCACUCAAGAUCCCUUCUAUUCAAGAUAUGGAUGACUUGAAUAAUAAGACGAUUGAAUAUGAGGGAAUUGAUAGCCCUAGCCGGCUUUCAUCUGUUGGAGAAGAAAGCAGAACACCUUCUCUUCAACUUAAGCCUCUGGAUUCCAGUGUUUUUCAGUUUUCCAGUAAGUACAAAUGGAUCCUAGGUGAGGAACCUGUGGAGAAACGAAGAAGGCUCCAGAAUGAGAUGACAACACCUCCUCUAGAUUAUUCCAUGCCUGGCCCUUACAGGAGGGUAGAGGCAGCAGUUGCCUACCCAGAAGGGGAGAACAGCCAUGAUAAAUCGAGUUCUGAGAGAAGCACACCACCAUACCUUUCCCCAGAAUACCCAGAAGCAAUCAAGAAUACCAGUCAGAGUAGGGAGGUCUCAGUUCUGUAUGCAGGGGCCCAAGACCAACACCAGGGCUCCCUGCUCCCUGAAGAAUUAGAAGAUCAGAUGCCAAGAUUGGUGGCAGAAGAAUCUAACAGAGGCAGCACACACCUAAACAAGGAGGAAGUAAGCAAGGGACCUUUUGUAGCUGUUGUCGGUGUUGCAAAAGGUGUUAGAGAUUCAGGAGCUCCCAUUCAGCUGAUCCCUUUUAACAGAGAGGAGCUUGCUGAGAGGAGGAAAGCAGUUGAAUCCUGGAACCCGGUGCCUUACUCUUCUGUGGCCUCUGCUGCAACUCCUGCUGCAGCUGUUGUGGAGAAAGGAAGAGGCUCUGAGGAGAGCGGAGGUCGUCAUACACCAAAGAUGAAGAACCAAAGAGAGCUAGAAGAACUGAAGAGAACCACGGAAAAGUUGGAACGUGUUUUGGCAGAAAGGAAUAUGUUCCAGCAAAAGGUGGAGGAGCUGGAACAGGAGAGGAAUCACUGGCAUUCUGAAUUCAAGAAAGUCCAACAUGAAUUGGUGACCUAUAGUACCCAGGAGACUGAAGGCUUGUACUGGAGCAAGAAACACAUGGGCUAUCGCCAAGCUGAGUUCCAGAUUCUGAAAGCUGAGCUGGAAAGAACCAAAGAGGAAAAGCAGGAACUAAAAGAGAAACUGAAGGAGACAGAGACACACCUGGAAGUGCUGCAGAAGGCUCAGGGCUUUGGCAAAGCUUACGCGGCUGCGUAUCCACGUCAGCUAUCUCCUUACCUCUGUCCUCCCUCACUUGGAGCUUCGUGAGAUCGGGUUUGACUCAGAACAAGUGGAUGGGAUCCUGUAUACGGUGCUGGAGGCAAAUCACAUACUGGAUUGAGCACCAGAUACUCUAUACCCCCUUCUCUACCCUCUUCUUUCCUCCUCGCUCCCUCUCAACACCUCUCUCUCUCUCUCUCUCUCUCUCUCUCUCUCUCUCUCUCUCUCUCUCUCUCUCUCUCUCUCUCUCUUUCUCACUCUCACUCUCUUCUCACCCUUAUGCCUUACGUGGAGAAUCUUUGAGUAAAUCCUGGCUCUUAAUCAGUCUGCUUCUUAUUCAGUCUUGGUGUGGAGAAAGAGGCUAGUUAAAUAGGCUUUCAAGAGUUCCAGGAAUGGAAAAGCAGUAGUCACCAAACCAGGUGACUGGAAAGCUUUAACUUUCGUGACUCAGAUACCUGGCCUAUUUCAUAUCCUUUCUGAAAUGAUUUGUAUUCAUUUAGGUUAAAUCAGUCAGCAGAUAUUGGGUCCAAUGUACCAGGUGUUUGGGGAUAAGUGAAGAAGUAUAACUCAUGGUUUCAGCCUUCAAGGAUCUAACAAUCUAGCUGGAAACACAAGACACACACCAAGUUAACUGACUUGUACAGUGAGUGUUACAAACAUGAUAGAGAAGUUCUGGGGGAGGAAGGUCAAGGAAGGCGUCACAUCAGAAAUGGGAGCUAAACUAAGGUUUGUUUAAAGAAUGGGCAUAACAACACGGUUAACAACGGUUGUUCUUUACAUGGUAGGACUAUGGUUGAUAUUUUUUUCUUCUUCUAUCUUCCUGCCUUUCCAAAUUUUCUAUAAUAAACCUGUUAUUCUUCUUACAUUGGAAAAAUAAAUCGUUUUU